AUGACUGAACUACAAACGCCGCUGAAAAGCAUAUUGAACUUUCGCGAUGUCAGUGAAUUUGUCAAUCAGACGACAGGAACUCGCCAUCUAAGGAACGGCUUACUGUUCCGGAGCGCCCGACCUGAUGAGGCUUCUUUCCAAGACAGGCAGAGACUCUUGAAAGAGUUCGGCGUGAAGAGCAUUAUUGAUCUACGAACAAAAACGGAGCACAUCGAACAGGCGCAAAAGCAUGAUGCAAGGAUCAAAGCAUCAGCGGCAAUUCCUCAGAGCAACGACGAUGUAGCAGAGCCCCUCAAGAUACCCGGCAUAACCUAUCAUGAAAUCAACUUUAAUGGCUCGGCCUUCUCGCGCAUGUUGCUCUCGAAGCUUACAUGGCUCGAGUUUUUCAGGUUGGCGGGACUUAUGAUUGUCGGCUACCGCAAGGACGCUAUCAAGAUUUUAGCUCCUCAUAUGGAAGACAUGGGGCUCGUCGGUCUGGCCGAGCAAUCCCUAGACGUAUGCACACGAGAAGUCAGGCAGGUCUUCGAUGUAUUGGGAGAAGAGCAGAAUUGGCCAGUUCUAGUCCACUGUACACAGGGCAAGGACCGGACCGGGCUCAUAGUUAUGCUGGUUCUCUUGCUUCUCGGUGUCGACCAAAAGACGAUUGACGACGACUACCGACUGUCCGAGCCAGAACUUGAGCCAGAGAAAGAAGGAAGGCUGAAAGAGAUGGCAUCUGUUGGUCUGACAGAACAAUUUGCGAUAUGUCCUCCAGACUUGGUGAGCAGUGUACACUCGUAUCUACUGGAAAAGUACGGCAGCGUUGAGGGGUACCUGGAGAAAGCCGGUGUUGCCAAGGAGCAGGUGGACUUUGUCAGGGGGAAGCUACUAGUAAACGUGUCUUGA